AGGAGUGGUGUUUCUCCUGUUGUUCGCACAGACUGUUGCCCGGGCACGCAGGCAGUCUAUCUUAUCCGCAGUUCCAACGGUCAAGCCCAAGCUCAAAUACUGACACUAACGUAGAUAGCCCUGCACUGGUAUGCAACUUCGUAGCAACGACCAACGUCUUACUGCCAGCGAGGAAAAGUAGAGCUAAAUUCCAAUUUUUGCGUGACGUCGACAGGCGCGAACCAUUUAUAGUUGAAUACAAAUUCGUCGUAAUCUUUGAAAGGGUUGUUGCAAGGCGGUUGUAGUCCGCAUAAUAAACCGUUAGAGCCCGAGCCGUAGAACCAUUGUAAUCUCCGACGCCACAAACCCACGCGCCUUGCCAGACAUCCUCACCUUCUCCUCCCAUCGCCCUUCCUGACAACCUGCUCCAACUCCCGCGUUGGUCUAUGCGUUGACCACCACUCUCUUGACCCUCAUCCUCUGAACAUGGACGCUCGCGGUCAACGACCGCCCCGUUCAGCUCGCCCGCCUCAGGCGCAGGCUCCGCCAUCAUACCAGAUUCCAGUUGACUCUCCUUUUAGUCCACCUUAUCCUUCACCGCCAGACAACGCGAGGGGUAUAUCCUUUCAGAACACAGAACGUGGCGACAGACAGGCUCCAUUAGAUCAAUUUCGCCCACGACAGUACUCAGCCUAUCAGCCGACAUCCCCGCCACCCCACGACCCGUCUUACGCAGAGGCAGGAGGUUUUUCUGAUGAGAGGGUGGGACGGAAGAAGAGUUUGGUCAGGCCUGACCGCGAAAGGAUAGAUCCAAAUCAUCGACAGUGGCAUUACCGCAACCAUGCUGCUCAACUGCAGAAUGAAGGAGGUACCGGUUUUAUGCCGUCAGAGACUGGCAAUAUUCCGCAACAAGCAGAUCUGAGGCGAGGACGGUCGCUUCUCGGUAGGGAAGAAGACGUACACGAAUCUGGUCUGGCGCUUUUCAAACGCGGCACGUUGCGUCGCAAGAAGACAGUAUCUUCAACAAUAGAGCCCAAACCUAAAUCCAGAGGCUGCUUUAACAACAUUGGCCCGGGUCCAAAGAAUGGCUGGUUCAUCUAUUGCUACCUUCUGACAUGUUUCGUGCCACCAUUUCUCUUGAGGGCCUGUGGUAUUCGGACGCCUGAGCAGCAGAGGGCAUGGCGAGAGAAGAUGGGGUUACUGAGCAUCAUUCUCGCACUCAUGGCCGGAGUCGGUUUCCUUACCUUCGGUUUUACGGAGACGGUUUGCGGUACUCCACCUAACCGUUACCAUUCUGGUCAAAUUGAGAACGCAUCUGUGAUAAUCCACGGUUACGACUACGAUUUCUCCAACUUCAAGCACCCGGCUGUAGGAGACUUCAAUGGUCAAAGCAAUCCCCUCUUCGAGGGUGGAUGGAACGCUGGUGGCAUGGACAUCUCGUUCAUGUUCCAAAACGUGAACCAGAACUGCAAGAACUUCAUCGUAAAGGCUGCGAAUUCGUCAAUUUCUGGUGAUCAUGGCAACGUCGAUUGGUAUUUUCCAUGCAACAUCUACAACCAAUUCGGUACUUCACCUGCCAAUUUUACCAACUACGACGCUUCGACAACAUGCCAUACGUCGUCGAAGGCGCGCCAGCAACUUGCAUCCAUGCAUCCGCUCGGUCAGGUGUAUUACACCUGGGAUGAUGUACGUAACCCCAAUCGGAACCUGGCCGUAUUCGAAUCUACUGUCUUGGACCUCAACCUACUUCAGUGGCUGAGCAAGGCCGAAGUGAAUUUCCCUCCCCUCUUCAACGAUCUGAUGCAUGCAAAUGGUACCUUCAACGGCAAAGAUCUGACCAUGUACCUGCUGCGUAACAACGAGCGUCCACUCGGUCACUGUUUGCAGGACGUCGUCACUGUUGGCUUUAUCGACACCAACAGCAUUGGAUGCGUUGCAUCACAGGUCGUUUUAUACGUCUCGCUGGUCUUCAUCAUUGGUGUUGUUGGCAUCCGAUUCCUUAUGGCCGUGAUGUUCGCGUGGUUCUUCUCAUGGAAGCUCGGUAAUUUCAAGCACGAGACCUACAACCAACGUAUGCAACGCGCAGCCGAGAUCGAAAACUGGACGGAUGAUAUCUAUCGACCUGCCCCGAGCCAGUAUCGUCCUAACGUUCACAAGAAUGGACUGCCCAAGACCUUCAAGAAGAGCUUCUUACCUAGCCACUCCCGUUUCACUCCUUCAGAUAACAUGAUGAAGGGAGUAGGCGGUAGACCUUCGACCGCAUACGGCAUGUUGGAGCCAAUGCCUUACAAGAAGGGUGGUAACUCCAGUAUCUAUGGAGCAUCCAGCCGGAAGAGCCUCUCCAAGCUCACGCCGCCAGAUACACCUGCAUUCCGUUCAUCGAGAAGUUCGACGUCAUUGGGUGACUCUCAGCGCGGCACGUUCGUGGACAACACCUGUCCCUUUCCGCUUCAUAAUGUCGUUCCACAGCCGCCUCCUGACUUUGAACCAUUCGGCUAUCCUCUCGCACACACCAUUUGCCUCGUGACGGCAUAUUCGGAGUCAGUUGAGGGUCUGCGGACUACCCUUGAUUCUCUUGCCACGACAGAUUACCCCAACAGCCACAAGCUCCUAUUGAUCAUUGCCGAUGGGAUGGUGAAGGGUGCAGGGAAUACUUUGACCACCCCGGAGAUUUGCUUGACCAUGAUGAAAGAAUUCAUCAUAUCGCCAAGUGAAGUUGAGCCCCAUUCUUACGUUGCCAUUGCCGAUGGACACAAGCGGCACAACAUGGCGAAAGUGUAUGCUGGGUUCUACGACUACGAUGAUGCGACUGUAGAGAAAUCAAAGCAACAAAGAGUCCCCAUUGUGCUGGUUGCAAAGUGCGGUAACCCUCUGGAAGCGAGCGACGCGAAACCCGGUAACCGUGGCAAGCGUGACAGUCAGAUCGUUCUUAUGGCCUUCCUCCAGAAGGUGAUGUUCGACGAGCGCAUGACAACCUUCGAAUACGAAUUCUUCAACUCCAUCUGGCGCGUCACUGGCAUCAGCCCUGAUCGUUACGAGCUGGUGUUGUGUGUCGAUGCGGAUACCAAGGUUUUCCCUGAUUCGCUGAGUAGGAUGUGUGCGUGUAUGGUUCACGACUACGAAAUCAUGGGUCUUUGCGGUGAAACGAAGAUUGCGAACAAGGCCGAGACGUGGGUCACUAUGAUUCAAGUCUUCGAGUACUACAUCUCUCACCACAUGACCAAGGCGUUCGAGUCGAUGUUCGGUGGCGUUACUUGCUUACCCGGUUGCUUCAGCAUGUAUCGAAUCAAGGCUCCCAAGGGUGAUUCUGGCUAUUGGGUACCCGUCCUGGCUAAUCCCGACAUUGUUGAGCAUUACUCGGAAAAUGUGGUUGAUACUCUCCACAAGAAGAACCUAUUACUCCUCGGUGAAGAUCGAUACCUUACGACCCUCAUGCUCAAGACUUUCCCUAAGCGCAAGAACGUCUUCUGCCCGCAGGCAGUGUGUAAGACUGUUGUCCCUGAUACGUUCGGCGUUCUCUUAUCUCAACGUCGUCGCUGGAUCAAUUCCACGAUUCACAAUCUUGCUGAACUGUUACUGGUACGCGAUCUCUGCGGCACUUUCUGCUUCUCUAUGCAGUUCGUCGUAGGUAUGGAAUUAGCUGGAACCCUCGUUCUUCCCGCUGCCAUCUCGUUCACCUUAUACCUCAUCAUUAUCUCCAUUAUUCCUGGCGGUACGAACACUACUAUUCCGCUUGUUCUCUUGGCGAUCGUUCUUGGUUUACCUGGUUUCCUCAUCGUCAUCACAUCCCGCAAAAUCGCGUAUGUGGGCUGGAUGCUUGUGUACCUCCUUUCGUUACCGAUUUGGAACGGUAUUCUUCCAGCAUAUGCUUUCUGGCAUUUCGACGAUUUCUCUUGGGGUCAGACACGUCAAAUUGCGGGUGCCAAGGCUGAAGAUAAUCAUGGAGACAAGGAGGGAGAAUUCGAUUCAUCGCAUAUUGUGAUGAAGCGGUGGGCAGAGUUUGAACGUGAGCGUCGGUGGAAGAGUGGAACUCAGUCAAGGGACUCCACGACUUACUCCCCGAGGUCAAAUUCUCCCAAACGAGCUGAAAGCAAUCGUUACUCCAUGAUAUCUAGUUCCGACAACUACCACCAGCCUCAACAACAGUUUGAUGGGAGCACGUACGAUUCGUCAUACGCUAGUGGCGGGCAGCGUCAACGUCAUGAUAGCAACCAGUUGCUCAUGCUGCCCGCGCCUUUGGCUGUCAACCGCACGCCUGGCCUGCCGACGUCAACCACUGCGUCUGCAUCCACGACGGUCUUAUCGCGCUCCAGUGAAGAUGGUUACAUUUCAGAUUCCCAGCAGCGCCUCGUUCCAAGUCCUGGGCAGGAUUCACAUUCCGAUGAGUAUGAUUCGCCUCCCGUUGGCGGAAGAUAUACGCCGCAAUCUUCACCGUUCCAAGAUCGAGUGUCACGCACUGCAGGCCAACAUGCUGGCGUUCUUCGUCAAGCUACUCUGUCUCAAUACCCUGGCGAAACUCAAAAUCCUUAUGGCUACUCACAACCACAGAUGGCUGGGUACGACCAAUCGCCAAUACCCUUCUCCACAGAGCCCGAUGAGCUGCCAGACGUGCCUGCUGCGUCUGCUGUUUCCUCAUCACACAGCAGAGCACGCGGAAUCAGUCUCGCUGACAACGGACCCGUUCCAGGACCUGAAGGCGUCCGACGAGUCUCGCGUCAACCGAAUAAGAGACCAACGUCGCAGGCUCCGCCGCAGAACCGUUACUCGCGGUCGUCGUCUUCGCCAUUCGGUAAUCUUCCACCAGGUGCUGCGCCACCACAACCAGGUUACGGGUACUGAGGAUAGGACCUCACUAGUUUCAUAAGCAUACUACAUCUUUCAAACAGAGACUGUUUUCCGCUUUCAUUUGUUUCCCUCAUCUCCAUCGGACUUAGUUGCACUUUCUUUCGUCGAACCGUACUAGUAAUGCCAUCGAUAUUUAGUUGUCUCCGUUCUCCUUGUUGAUGCCCCUUGGAGCUUAUUGCCUUCACGAAUCCUUUAUGAUCGUCUAUCUCCCUUCCGUAGUGCAUGUAUCGACAUCUACAUGCAGGAUAUUGAUACCUCAUGCUACCCCCCAAAGCUCCGUAGUUAUGUUCGCCCGAAUAAUGUAGCAGUAAAGUUGAACUUCAACUGAAGACACGUCAGAUUGGCAUGCUAACGACGGACCGGAGUGGAUCUCCUGUCA